AUGGUGACUUUCUUGAUCCUUCUUCAAGCGCCUGCAAGCUACGGGCUGAUAAGCAGCCGCGCGAGUAGCAGGAGAGGAGAUGGCUCAGCUCUGCCUUCGCAGGCACCCCUACACUACUGCCCACCAGAAGAAAUGGAGUUGCUGACACUGAAGUUCGGAGCUAUACCACAGAAAAAGAAGCAUGUUCAGGGGCCCGAUGUCUACAUCCCCCAAUCGGUAGCUAAGCUAGUUGACGGACCCUGUCCUGUCCACGGAAAGCUUCACGCCCUGGAAUGGAAUAACUUCAGAAAGCCGAGUGCCGAACCUCCGAUAAAGACUCUUGGAAAGAAAGAUAUAUGCAUCCGCUCGGGCAACCAGGGGGUCGUUCACACGACAGGUCCACAGCUACAAGGUAAGCGACAAGAUGUUCCCGAGUGUUCAGCGUUUGGAAGCAAUCGAACUAGACUUCACCAGACCCCUAUGAGGACAGCGGAUAAGCAGAGAUUCCGAGAAUCCAAUCUACUCUGA